AAACUCACCGCUACAUCUUCUGAGUUCUGUCUAUAUAUAAUCCUUCUAGAACCAUCCAUCCAUCGAAAUUCCAAUUCAGUUAGAAAUUCUUACAACCCAUAGCAAAGAGGGAGAACGAGUGAGUUUGACGCUAACAGAAAAAAAUGGUGAACUUCAUGCUUAUGAUCAGCGCUGAGCUUGAGAAUUUGACCAAUCUUCAACCUCAAGGUGGCGUCGAUGACCCCAAUUUCCCCUAUUUCUUCAAGUUGAAAUGUGGAAGAUGUGGUGAAGUGAGUCAGAAAGAAACCUGUGUUUCCUUGAACGACACCGUUCCUCUUCCAGCUGGUAGAGGCACUACUCAUCUUGUUCAAAAGUGCAAGUUUUGUGCCAGUGUGAGCACUGUAACUAUGAUCCCAGGCAAAGGAAAACCACUCACCCAGGAAACAACUGAAUCAGGAAAGUUUUCCCCUCUGAUGUUGUUUGACUGCAGGGGCUAUGAGCCGAUAGAUUUUGUAUUUGGCACUGGAUGGAAAGUUGAGUCGCUGGAGGGAACAAAGUUUGAGAAUGUUGACUUGUCAAGUGGAGAUUUUUCCGAAUAUGAUGAGAAGGGUGAGUGUCCAGUCAUGAUAUCCAAUCUUCGUGCUACUUUUGAUGUGGUGAAGUAAAGAGAACUAACUUGAUGUUGGAACAUUUUCUUGGUGUAUAAAUUGACUGUUCUCUUUUGGACAAACGUUUGUAAUCUGGAGUACAUUAUAACAGUAAAUUUGCAUGAUUCUCUUAAUAUUAAAAGCUUCCAAGGAAUGAUUGGCUUCAGUUUGCA